CCCCAUCCUCCCACCACCUCCCCGCGCCCCGCCCCGAGCUCGGGGCUUUGGAAGAUGCUGCCGGGAAAAACAUUAACUUUGGGGCUACAUCAAGAAUAGCAUCAUCUACAUAGACAUUCCUUUCUACAAUUUCAGAAAGUCUUUGAUAAAUAAUUGAGAAAAUGCAGAAGAUCUUGCAAACAGAUGAAAUUACCAACCCCCAAGCCCUUAGAAAAGGAAAAAGGAAACGCACAGAGACGAUGGACUCAGAGAACGCAAAUAGUGACAUGGAUAAAGGACAGAGACACCCGUAUUCAGGAAAUGCCUUUCUGCCUGGUGAGAGUUCCAGUGAGGAUGAAGAACCUUUAUCAGAAUUGUCCAAGGAGGAAUUGUGCACAAAAAUUAAAAGCCUGAGACAAAAGCUCACAAACAUCAGGAAAGAAAACAGCCGGCUACGGCAGUCUUUGGUUAUGCUUCAAGUGUUACCACAGGCAGUCACCCAGUUUGAAGAAUUGGUUGGGAUGGCAGAGACUCUCCUUAAGGGUGGAGGGACCAUGUCGACAUCUGCAUCCACCCUGUGGAGAGCCACCAACAACUCCUCCCCGGAUUCCUUUGCCUCAACCUGCAGUAACUCUAACUCUAACUCCAGUUCACCAAUUUCCUUGAAAGCUGAGGACGAGCCUCCCGCUGAUGAGAAGCAGUUCAAGAUUGAAAAAUGGCAGAUUGCCCGUUGUAACAAGAGCAAGCCUCAGAAGUUUAUUAAUGAUUUAAUGCAAGUACUUUACACUAAUGAGUACAUGGCCACACACAGCCUGACUGGAGCGAAAUCUUCUACUUCAAGGGACAAGGCCGUCAAACCAGCUAUGAAUCAGAAUGAAGUUCAGGAAAUCAUAGGAGUCACAAAGCAGUUGUUUCCCAAUACGGAUGACGUUUCAAUUAGGAGAAUGAUAGGACAAAAACUAAACAACUGUACCAAAAAGCCGAAUCUAAGCAAAAAUCUUAACUCUCAGGAUAUCAAAUAGAUCCUUUUGGUGUGAUAGAUAGUUGAAGCAAAGCUGCCUCUGUUUGAAAUCUGGCGGUGAAUUUUGUUGGAGAAUCUGCGAUCUCCUUGGCAGUGAACAGAGACAAAAUGACAAGCCGUGAGACAUCUGUUUGGUGGCUGGGCGCUCCUGAUGGAACAAGCUUGCUGAAGAAACUGCAUGUAGAUUCUACCCUAAAUACCGUGAUGCAUCAAACCAGAGACAUUUUAGCUGUCAAAUAAGCAUGAAGAAUGGUUUCUUUGGAAAUACGCAUUUCUCAUCCCAAAAGGCUUCUCUACAAAGCUAAUUAACAAGAUAGAGCUUUCUUAUCAUAGCAACAGAAAUCCCAGCCCAUGAGAUUUAUGAUCAUUCUUAUCAGUCAUUAUCUAAUGAUUAUUGCCUAUAGUUCCCAUACUAAUUCAUGGAUGUUUUUAGAAAAACGACUGUUUGGAAAAGUCAACAGGGAAACGGGGAAUGCUCACAAAAGUUGAAAAGUGAGUGACGAAGCCAGCCUAAAAUCUGAUAAUUCCAUCUAGCCAAGGAAUAAUAUUCUAGCAAUAAAAAUUAGGAGUUCUUUCUGUUACCUAAAACUGAAUCAAGUAAGCAUCCGAGGGCGUAAGGAGAACAGAAAGAUCUUUUGGUUAAUAUUAAAACAUUCUACUACACUCCUAAAAAACGAAUAAAGCCAAGCUUUUGUUAUUGUGAAGAGAAUCCAUUCACUUUCCCCAACAAAUAUUGUUAUUUGUUCAUUUAUAUACUUCUAACUUUUUACUGAUCAAAGUAUACUAAGCAUAUACUAAGUAAUAUAAAACAUCAGUAUCAUUUAAGACCUCCUGCAUAAGAUAGAAUAACCUCUGUAGUUGGUUAUAUUGUUUAUCGUUUAGUUUUAACUGUUUUUAAUUCACAGUAUCUGAAGAAAAAAGAAAUAUAAAAUCAUAUGGGUUUGAGAAAAUUGCCAUUUUGUAAUGAAUUAAAGAGAAAACAUUUUAUCAAGAGACUUCAGUUGGUGAUGCUGUGAUACCAAGUCAUUCUUCUUCAGGGUGCAAGAAACCAUUCAAGUUUGGUGAAGAAAAUAUACACAAUGGUUAGAAAAUUCAAUACUGUAGACCCAGGGAACUGUCCAUAAAUGUUGCUUGAUAACAAAGUGAUUGUACAAAAUAAGGAUUCAUUCUUAGGGAAAUAAUUUACAUUUAACAUUUACUACUUUUACUGAACUACAAAUACACCCAUUAAAAGCAUAAAAAGCA